AUGCAGUCAUGUAGUUGGCCGCAAGUAUCCUGGCGCCGCGUGGUGACACCACUGGGUGGCCCACCUGACUCGACAAAUCGUUCCAGUUGGACUUUCCGGGCGUUGAGCGUCCCAGCGCUCCUUCUGACCAGCUGCUUGUUUCGACCCGGAAGACGAGGCAGACGACAUGCGGCGCGGACCGCUGCGUUGCCCAAUGGACUGCGCGACUUGCAAAGGCGGGCAAACCAUUCCUGGGUCCAGGAUUUGCACGCAGAGCCGGACCAGGAGAGGCAUGAGCCCAACCGGGAGAAGCGCCUGGUGUCUUCAGGCCACUAUGUGAACGUGCAGCCAACGCCAUUGUUGAACACAUCUUUGGUGACGUUUAGCCCAAGCAUGGCUGCAGAGUUGAACUUGGACAAGACAGAUUGUGAAAGCAUGGACUUUCUGCAAUUCAUGUCAGGGUACACGGAGGUGCUUCCAAAGAUGACCAGCUGGUGUACGCCAUACACGCUCUCGGUGGCUGGGAGUGAGAUCAGCACCGGAAACAUGUACGGUGACGGCCGAAGCAUCUCCGUGGGAGAAGUGGUGAUGGACGAUGGGAAGCGCUGGGAACUUCAACUCAAAGGUGCAGGGUGUACCCCGUUCUGCCGUGGAUUUGAUGGACGUGCUGUCCUGCGAUCGAGUUUGCGCGAGUUCUUAGCUUCGGAAGCAAUGUAUCACUUGAACGUUCCAACGACGCGAGCCUUGUGCUUGGUCAUGUCCGAGUCAGAGUCAGCACCCAGAGAAUGGUUAGGUGAGACACUCUUCGAGCCGUGUGCUAUGACCUGUCGAGUGUCGAGCUCCUUUUUGCGCGUUGGGCAUCUGGAACUCUUCGCGCGACGUGCGCGCGAUGGCAGCUGGGGGGAGCCGGGAAGUGAGUUGCGGCAGCUGGUGAUGCACGCCAUGAGGCGGGAAUAUCCAGAAUGUUGGGAUGCGGACGACACCACCGAGCCGAGAGUGAAGCGCAUGCUGCGUCCAAUGGCACUCCGCAUGGCCCGUUUGGCAGCGGAGUGGUGGCGCGUGGGUUUCUGUCAGGGAAACUUUCAAUCCGAUAACUGCCACUUGGGAGGAAAGACUUUGGACUUCGGGCCUUUCGGAUUCAUGGAGAAGUACAAUCCACACUACUGUAGCUGGACUGGUGGAGCGGAGCAUUUCACUUUUCGCUUACAACCGAAAGCAGCACUGGCCAACUUCGCCAGCGCCAUUCGUGCCUUGGAGAGUUUGCUGGACAGCGAUGGCCGGGAAGAAGCACAAGAGCUGCUGCGGGAGUUUCCUUCGCUGCUGGCAGAGGCUUUCGCAGAUGUGCGCAUGCAAAAGCUGGGCCUCUCCUUUUGGGACUCCGAAGCGGUGCAGCUUUCAGAUGAGUUGCUCCGACUGAUGGAGCGGUCGCAGGCGGACUGGACUCUCACCUGGCGGCAGUUGGCGUUGGUGGCGGAGGAGUGGGACGACUUGAUGGAAACCGGAAGCCUCUUAGAGCCCCUGGAUGGCUGUUUCUACCAACCGUUGUCCCACGACUUGGAGCGUCACUGGUCGCAGUGGCUCUACGCAUGGCUGACGCGGCUGCGGGGCGAGGGAGCACCGGAGGCAGCCGCGGAAUGCAUGCGGAGCGCGCUCCUUCUGACCAGCUGCUUGUUUCGACCCGGAAGACGAGGCAGACGACAUGCGGCGCGGACCGCUGCGUUGCCCAAUGGACUGCGCGACUUGCAAAGGCGGGCAAACCAUUCCUGGGUCCAGGAUUUGCACGCAGAGCCGGACCAGGAGAGGCAUGAGCCCAACCGGGAGAAGCGCCUGGUGUCUUCAGGCCACUAUGUGAACGUGCAGCCAACGCCAUUGUUGAACACAUCUUUGGUGACGUUUAGCCCAAGCAUGGCUGCAGAGUUGAACUUGGACAAGACAGAUUGUGAAAGCAUGGACUUUCUGCAAUUCAUGUCAGGGUACACGGAGGUGCUUCCAAAGAUGACCAGCUGGUGUACGCCAUACACGCUCUCGGUGGCUGGGAGUGAGAUCAGCACCGGAAACAUGUACGGUGACGGCCGAAGCAUCUCCGUGGGAGAAGUGGUGAUGGACGAUGGGAAGCGCUGGGAACUUCAACUCAAAGGUGCAGGGUGUACCCCGUUCUGCCGUGGAUUUGAUGGACGUGCUGUCCUGCGAUCGAGUUUGCGCGAGUUCUUAGCUUCGGAAGCAAUGUAUCACUUGAACGUUCCAACGACGCGAGCCUUGUGCUUGGUCAUGUCCGAGUCAGAGUCAGCACCCAGAGAAUGGUUAGGUGAGACACUCUUCGAGCCGUGUGCUAUGACCUGUCGAGUGUCGAGCUCCUUUUUGCGCGUUGGGCAUCUGGAACUCUUCGCGCGACGUGCGCGCGAUGGCAGCUGGGGGGAGCCGGGAAGUGAGUUGCGGCAGCUGGUGAUGCACGCCAUGAGGCGGGAAUAUCCAGAAUGUUGGGAUGCGGACGACACCACCGAGCCGAGAGUGAAGCGCAUGCUGCGUCCAAUGGCACUCCGCAUGGCCCGUUUGGCAGCGGAGUGGUGGCGCGUGGGUUUCUGUCAGGGAAACUUUCAAUCCGAUAACUGCCACUUGGGAGGAAAGACUUUGGACUUCGGGCCUUUCGGAUUCAUGGAGAAGUACAAUCCACACUACUGUAGCUGGACUGGUGGAGCGGAGCAUUUCACUUUUCGCUUACAACCGAAAGCAGCACUGGCCAACUUCGCCAGCGCCAUUCGUGCCUUGGAGAGUUUGCUGGACAGCGAUGGCCGGGAAGAAGCACAAGAGCUGCUGCGGGAGUUUCCUUCGCUGCUGGCAGAGGCUUUCGCAGAUGUGCGCAUGCAAAAGCUGGGCCUCUCCUUUUGGGACUCCGAAGCGGUGCAGCUUUCAGAUGAGUUGCUCCGACUGAUGGAGCGGUCGCAGGCGGACUGGACUCUCACCUGGCGGCAGUUGGCGUUGGUGGCGGAGGAGUGGGACGACUUGAUGGAAACCGGAAGCCUCUUAGAGCCCCUGGAUGGCUGUUUCUACCAACCGUUGUCCCACGACUUGGAGCGUCACUGGUCGCAGUGGCUCUACGCAUGGCUGACGCGGCUGCGGGGCGAGGGAGCACCGGAGGCAGCCGCGGAAUGCAUGCGGAGCGUGAAUCCGAAGUACGUCCCACGGAAUUGGAUGCUAUUGGAGGCCUAUGAGGCAGCAGAAGCCGGAAACUUCCAAGUGUCAGAGAGGCUGCAGAGCCUUUUUGCGAGUCCUUACGCCGAACACCCUGAGGAGGAAGCAAGAUACUUCCGACUGACUCCUCCUGAGAUGCGGCUGCGCCCUGGGGUCACGGUCAUGACCUGA